AUGGUGCGACCUCAGAUUGAUUUGAAUCCUUAUAAGGAUGAGAUUAUGGCCCUUUUUAACCAGCAGAAGACUACCGAGACCAUCUGCAUAGAACUCUCUCAGCGCCAUUCAAUUAAUAUCUCCUAUCCUACACUCGCUCGGCGCCUACAGGCAUGGGGGCUUCGCCGCUUACCCUCGAAGACAGCUGAUAAUCAGGCUCUUUGCGAUCGCAUCCGAUCGCUUGUACGCGAUAAUUACUCUGACAAAGAGAUCCUACCAAUCCUACAGCGCGAGGGAUUCAAAAUCGCCCAUAUUACGCUGAAACGACCACGGCAGCAGCUUAGUCUUCGUCUACGUACUGAUGACCCUGAGGCGCGUAGAUAUGGGCGAGGCCUUCUUUAUACCUAUCUUCGCCAGAAAGGUCAUACAUUUCCUCGUGAUCGGGUCUUCUCUAUCUAUCGUAAUGAGCGCCCUGAUGCCCUUCGCCGGCGAACUCUCGAUCUCCAGCGGCAGCGUCAAGCUUAUCAAUCACCUGGUCCAAAUCACGUAUGGCAUAUGGAUGGCUAUAUGAAACUAGCCCCUUUUGGUAUUGAGAUAUACGCUGCAAUUGAUGGAUACUCGAGAUAUAUCCUCUGGGUCUAUAUUGGUAUUUCUACUAGGUCUGCAAUUAGCGUUUAUAAGCAAUAUGUUAAUGCAGUAUCAACCUUUGGAUAUCUACCACAGAUACUUCGUACUGAUCUUGGCGGAGAGACAAUCUAUCUUGGUGACGCCCAUUGGGCACUUCGCCGUGUGGCCAAUCCAGAUAUCCCACAUACAGAUUGUUAUUCAUAUGGCAAGAGUACUGAGAAUACUCGUAUUGAGGCCUGGUGGGCGCAGCUCUCACGAUCGAGUGUCUUUAUAUGGCGAAAUUACUUUGCAACCCUUCGCGAUGAGCGUCUCUUUUCAAUUACAAGUAUCGCCGACCAGAUUGCCCUCCUUGCAGUAUUCAUGCCUACUGUUCGAUCCUCUAUCAGUUCAUACGUGGAAACUUGGAAUCGUCAUACAAUUCGGAAGCAACCAAAACGUCCAUGGGUAGCCUAUGGCAAACCAAUCUUUCUCUACCAGCACUCAUCUAGGCAGGACGUACAGCAAUUAGCAGAUCCUGCCCUUCUCCAGACGCUCCAGCAAGAUGUGGCCAAUUGGGAUGCAGACGAAUAUCUUCCAAUUGAAACACUACUCCAGGAGAUAGGGUUUGACCCAUUAAAUCCUCCACCGCGGGACGAUUCAGCUCAGCCAUAUAAAUCAGUCUAUCUUGAGCUUAGGCAGCGGGCAAUCCUACAUACACAAUCAGGGAAUUUACCAAUUCUACAAAUCUGUGAGCGGCCAACACAGGGAAAUUGGGAAAAUUGGCAGGAAGGGCGGUAG